GCCUCGGCGUACGUCAAGGGCCACUUCCUGGCCCGCCAGAUCAACGAAAGGGAGGAACUGAAUGAACGCAAACGGCUUCACCGCCUGGUGCAGAAGAGGGUGAACGCUGAAAUGCAGGGCUUCCUGGCUGAGACCGAGGAAAGGAGAGAGAGGCUUCGGGAUCUCCUGGAAAAGGAAGAAAGGGGUUACAUCGUGGAAAUGGAAUCCUUGGAGGAAACCAUUGAGGACAGAAAACAGAAAAUGUUAGCGAAAGCAAAAGUACUGAGAGAGAACCGGGAAGAAGAGAGGCGAAAGAUCGUGGCGGAAAAACGGGAGCAGCAGUUCAGAACAGACUGCGAGGAGCUGAGAAUGCAGUGGAGCAAGAAGCACCUCCUGGAGGUGUGCGAAGACCGGCUGGCCCAGCUGGCCUUGAAGGAGGAGCUGAAGAAGCGACGGGAGCAGGAGGAGGCCACGUACCUGGCUCUUUGGGAAGGGGACUGGCUGGCGAAAGAGCAGCGAUUCGCCGAGGAAGAGCGGAAGCGAUUGACACGGAACAACGACAUGGUGAACAUGCUGAACACCCAGAGAGCGGUGGCGGAAGCGCAGAGGCAGGAGGAGCAGCGGCUCAAGGAUGAGGAGGCGAAGUAUAUGGAAGAGGAACGGCAAUUGCAAAAACUAGAGGACGAGCGUGCCGAGAUCGAGAGGCAGCGGAAGCUGAGGGCGUGCGGGGACAUGCUGCUGGCUUCCAUGAGGGAGAAAAUGAAGCGCCUCAACCAGGCCAGGGAGGAAGAGCUGGCUCUGGAAACGAAGGUCCUGGAUCACAUUCUGAAGCAGUCCCAGGACGACACGGAAGAGCAACAGAGGCGGAAAAAGGAGCUGCUGAAAGAGCAGCAGAUCUAUAAGGCGUACCUGGCUGAGCAGCUGGAGAAGGAAAAACGCCUGGAAAAGGAAAUGGACAAGGUGCGGGAAGAGGAGAUGGCCAGGAUGUGGGCCAGGAGGGCCGAGCGGGAGAAGCGAGGGAAGGAGGCCCGGGAGCGCUUGAUGAAGGAGGUCCUGGAUACGAGGCAGCUGCAGAUCCAGGAGAAACUGCAGAGAAACGCCCAGGAGCAAGAGGCCCUUCUCAGAGACAAGCAAUUGUUUGAUGCGACCGUUCAAGAAUAUAACCGUCUAGAAGAGGAGAAAUACGCAAGGCGCCUGCGGCAAGUGAAGGAAUAUCGGGAAGACCUCCGAGCUCAGAUGGAACACGUCAGGCGAGCCCGGGAGUUUGAAAAAGAAGAGGAGCGCCGCGAAUACGAAUCAGGACUGGAAGCCGAGAUGCUUCUGCAGCAGAAGAUGGCCGACGUCCUUUCGAGACCUUACAUGAAACUGAUAAAUCUCCAUCCUUUGCGAAGGCAGCAGGUCAACAAUCCUCAGUCUGUGAACUGA